AUGAGGUGGCGCAGUGGACGAGAUCUCUCAAACUGUUUAAAAAAUGUGCGAAUGUUGCUUUAUUCUGGCUCGGAGAAUGGGUGUGAGGAAGAGGAAAGUGAACGUGCCUGCCCACUCACAAAAUACAUCAAUCUAAGCCAAAUUGGUCAAGAAAUCCACUUCUCAUCCCACCGAAUCAUUUUAGGGAAAUAUUCAAAGCCUGUGGACUAUGUGUUAUGCGUCUCAUUUCUUCCUCCCCUAGAAUGUGAAUUAAAUGCUAUUGUACAGAUUACAUUGGGUAAUUACAAAGUAAAUUCUCUUGAAUUGCAUCGUUUAAGAAUAUCGAGGACCAAUUCCAUGUUUUCCAGUACCAGCACUGAAGUCUCUUUGGCCAUCAACUGA